CAGUCCCCCUGCAAAUUCGCCGAUUUCCCCGCUGAAUUAUCCCUAGCCUCUCACUUCCGAUGACCAAGAUGACGCUCAUCGUUGCCGUGAUGGUAUACAAGGUUCAUGAAUGACCAAAAAAAGUUUGAUAGAAAGUAAAGUUAUAAGAAGAGGGCCUUGAGAUAUUUUCAAAAGAAAACAUUUCCCCAUCAAUCAACCACCUUUAGUCUGCAUCCUCUUAUCAUGCAGUUCACAACAUUUUCCGCUAUUGCUUCCGUGGCAACUGUUUUGGCUAUGAUGACGGGCCAAACAAGAGCAGCUUCUCCGGUAUAUAGCUGUCCAGAAGCAGACAGAUAUGGCCAAUUCAAUGUUACAGCUCCGUCAGUAGUAUCAUACGGUGACAAGCUUACAGUAACUUACGUAAGAAAUUGUAGGACAGACGAAGACAUUUUUCCAACAUCUUUAACCUUUGAUAUCGGAAAGGAAUAUGUAGGCAUCCAAGCCAGUUAUCCAUUCGUUCAAGUUGUUGGUCCAAAAUCGUUGCCAUAUGGAAAAGUGGGAACAUUAGCAGAAUAUACUACCACUCUUCCUAAUUUUGAAUUAUCUGGCUUUUAUAAAGGCGAUACAUUAAGCUUUUUGGGUACCAUUCAGUAUACCCAAAAAGGCCCAGACGGUGGUGAAGUGGAUUAUUUAUACACAUUCGAUCAACCUUUUACCUAUAACAGAACAUCCAAUUAGGCCCCGAUUACUUCCACGUUCGCCAUGAAUCACAUCAUGUGCAAUCUCGUCUCUUCGUAGCUCCUUUUCUGCAAUCUAUGUCUUUCCAUC